GGCGGUUCCGUGUUCGAAACGGCUGAAGGCGAGACAGUGGACGAACGGUGCCGUCAGAGGCUGUUAGUGUCCAGAGAGAGAGAGACAAACACGUCCCUCCACUUAAGCCCAUAAUGACAGAUCAGAAACCGUGCAGGGUGUGCAACUUCACUCGACAGAAGUCAUACGGGCUGGUAGUCCCCUCCUUGGAUGAGCUGAAGGCAAAAGGAUGCGAGUUUCUCGGCUUCAGCUCCAGUGACCCGGUCACAGUGGUCCUGGAGGAUGAUGGGACGAUAGUGCAGGAUCAGGCCUACUUUUUGUGUUUACCCUUAAACACAAAGUUCAUGCUGUUGCAGGAAAAAGACACAUGGUCCCCAGUUCGCAGGAUGGAUGGUGGCACGGCCUGGAUGGCCAGGGAAUCUGUGCUGCUGGACACUGAUACUGUGGACACCUCUGGUGCUGAAGCACCCUGGUGGGACCUGGCUCAGCAGCUGAAGCAGGAUCUGGCCAGCAUCAUCCUCAUGUCUGAGGCAGAUUUACAGACCUUAGUGGAUGCCCCGAGCCCUGAGCUAGCCUCUGCUCUGGGCUUCCAAGAGAAGAAGGCAGAGGACCUCCAGGAGACACUGCAAAGGGUUUUGGACCGACGAGAAGAGGAGAGGCAGUCCAAGGAGUUGCUCCAGCUUUACCUCAAAGCUGUUGAGAAAGAGGAGGGACAGCAGGAAGAGCCAAGCCAGCCCAUCCAGGGAGGGGCCGGAGAUGAGGAUUUGCCAGACGGGAUGGAAGUGGACUCUGCAUCUGGAUUCAUGUCCAGGACACUGAUGGUCCUGAAAGGCAAAACAAGCCCAGAGACCAGACUGUCCACUGAGGAUCUGCAGAUGGUAGUGAGCAGAGGGGUCGAGGCUAUGGAGCAGGUGCUGGGCUGGGACACAGCGAGGACGACGGCGCUGCUGCAGGCCUGCAAAGCUGAGCUGACCAGACGCCUCCAGCAGGUUCAGGCCAUGCAGUCCAUCAGAAGCAAUGCACAGCUGGACUGCAGCCAGCAGUCCAGUGAGAGGAGCGCGGAAGCAGGCGUAGAACCGGCAGCCGAAGGCGCCAACUAGGCCGAGACUUCACUUGAGCAGAGACUGAUAAGAAUUCAACUACCUGCCUCAGGGUCUAUAGAAUGGGAUUUAUCCUGUCGUACUGAUAGUAUCCUUAAUGCCGGAACCCAUGAAUGUUAAUGAUGUUGACGUUUGCAUCAUUUUGUAAAACUUGCAAACCGCUUUAAUGCUUUUGCCUCAAGAGGAAGCAGAGUGAUUUGCACAAGUCAUGUUUAUCAAAGAUAUGUUUGCAUUAACCACUGGCAUCAGCCUUCUGUUGGCUCCUUAUUUUGAUGUGUGCCAUGCUGUGAAAAUAAUCACAGAUAAAAAUAUCCAUGUGAAACUUAAAGCAAUAGUUCAACAAUUUGGGAAAUUUGCUUAUUUGCUUUCUUGCUGAGAGUUAAAUGAAUAUGAAGCUGGGGCCAGCUAGCUUAGCUUAGCUCACCAUAAAGACUGGAAAUAGGGGAAACAUCCAGCCUGGCUCUGUCUGAAGCUAACAAAUUCUGCCUGCCAGCACCUUGUAAGAUCGCUAAUUAAUCACUUAUAUCUUCUUGUAGACUUCACUGGCAACCUCACUACGAUUACAAGACUACAGGACUACAGGAACUACACCUGGCCAAGAAACAGCCCGCCAGUAAAACCACAACAUGGGUGUUAGCAGGUCGAUUUUAUUACCCUAAGGUUUUAUAGAAACUGUUGAAUCAGCUUCCCAGUAUUGUUUACAUUGUGCUCCCUCUUAAAAACUGCCAACAUUUUAUUUUACAGCCUUAUGCUAAGUAUAAGUAAGAAUUAUGCUUUGAACUACCUACAGAAACACUGUGGCUCUCUAGCUUAUGGUGAGUGACAAAACACAUUAUUUUGUGUCUCUUGCAAACAAUUUCCAUUUGCGAUCACUGAAAUGAUGUUUGCAUCUUGAGUGUAUGGGAUCUUUGCAGGGGAAGGUUGGAGUAGCAGCUCCUGCUUGCCAUCUUCCCCAGUGAGUCUUGCAAAAAGGGACAAAUGUCAUGUCUCCACAGCAGUGCCAUAGUUUUUUUUUUUUUUUUUUUUAGAUUUAGAGAAUGCUUUUCCCUAUUGGGAACAUAAACAUUUUUAUAAAUAUACGCUUGCCUAAAUGUGGCAUUUUCAUUUCUGUUUUGUACCAGAGUCUUCAUGUAUGUGCACCUUGGUGUGAAAUGUCAUUAACUGGUGUGUGAGAUCAUUUAGGGAAUAUCUACAUGGAAGAAUGAAUAGUAGAAACACCAUAAUAUGCAGUGGCACUCCCACGGCACAGUGCCUAAGCAACUUGUGCAGCACCACGUUAGAGCGACAGAGAGUACAGGCAGACACUGAAAGCAGGAUCCUGCUGAGAGGAACAUUUUCUCUGAGAUAUAUGCAAAUGCUGACACCCACCAAAUGGAUUUGGGUAAAAGCUAAGUUUGCAUGAGUACGUACAUCUAUUUGAAUGGGAUACACAGACUAAUUUAUCAUUCGAACAAUAAAAAGUCAGACAAGGGAACGUGUACAUCACUUCAUACAUGCAUGCCUCACUGAACACAGUAUGGACGGGCUUCGUCUAUGAGCAACGUGAAACCAAAAUAUAAUUAGGCCGAUCUAUUACAUGCUGUUAUUCAAGUUAUGUAUCAGUCUAGUGGCUGCGUGAUGUAAGACAGUGUGAGCAGGUCUGUGUGACUCAUAGGUCACAUGGCCUUUGUCAUGCCUGUCAUCUCAUCAUCUGUCUUGUGAACAAACGAUACUGGAUUUGAAUUUGUGGAAGGAUCAUAUUUUUGUGUUGUGGUGAGAUUGAGAAAUCACUGUGGCCUUGCACUUAAGUGUUACAUACAGGGAACAAAGGGGCACUCAAUGAGCUUUUUACUCAAUGUUGUCUAUGUACAUCACAAAUAUGAGCCUCAGCUCGACACUCUGCUGGUCUGUAACCCUGUAAGAAUUGUUGUGAGUUCCCCAGUUCGUUCACAUGUUGUAUCUUCAUUUAAAGAACAAAUGUGAAUAAGUGAAGCUGACUGUCUGUUCAGUGUGUGAUUUAAGGUUCCUUUUAUAAACAUGUUGAAUGGUGGUACGAGGGAUUUUUCUAAAAUAAACCAGCCCUUAAA